AUGUGGCAAGACCCAACGAAAAGAUCGGAACUGAAAAAAAUGUUCUUGGAGCACGGUUCCUUCGAGGGUAUGGAGCUUGCAAUCACCAAGAAACACGUCCUUGCCAGUCAAGCUAAGAAGGAGGGUGGUUGGUACACGAAAAGCAAGUUGGAGACCAAUGAAGCAUGGACAAAGGCAAUGAUUGCCAAAGCGUGGGCUUGGGCGAGAUCAAACAAUCGAAUCCGUGUCAACAAGAUCCAUGGGGAAGAGGAAAUUUCAAUUCUGGCCCACGAGAGCUGGAACAUGACCAGCACUGACAUCGAGGAAAGUACACAGACUGGCUCCCUCGAGAUUCAGGACGACGCUGGCACCCUCAUGAACUCAAACCUCCCUGACUUCAACGACUCUGAUGCCUUGGCAGCACAUGCCCAUAAUCGUUCUGCAGGCACCUCAUCCAACGGCGAGGGCUUGGGAAUCACAAAUGGUGUUAUGAGCUUCAAGUUAUCGUUCCCCACGAUCAGCAAAACAGCCAGCCCUUUGCAGAUUCUCCCGCAGUUCAUUGAGGUGUUGGGUCGUAAGGUGGACAAGAUUCAGGUGGAAAAGGACUCUUC